AUGAAAGAUAAAGAUAAACAAAAUUUAUUUAUUAAAAUAUUUAGAAUACAUUUUUUGAGAGAUAAGAUAUUUGAAUGUAUCGAAUCGAUUGGGCAAACAGAUUCAACCUCAAUCAAAGGUAGACAUCUCAUUGAGCAACAAUCAAUAAAUCUUGCCAUUAGAUAUGGAAUUACAGCACUCUUCAAAUCAUUAAUCAACGAUAACCUAAAGUUGUUCAUGGAAGUUUCAGGGAUCGUACAGAUGGCACCUCCAAUUAUACCUCAAGACAUAAGCAAUACCGUGAACGUUGAUACCAAUUGGUUCAUGACAGGUUUCGAUCAAUUCAUAGUUUCCCAACUUUCUUUCACCAUUGAAAAGAAACAAUUUGCAAUGACCGAGUUCCUAUUGGAUAGGUUUCCUACUUUGAAGAUCGAUUGUAUGCCACAUUCCAACCUGGUGGAGAGUGGUAACAUCUCGAUGCUAUUUAAAUACCUCGAUAAAUACUCUGCCUUUUACAAUGGAAGUAGGAGUUUGAAAUUCAGUAUGAAUAGAAACCUGUUGGAUCCAGCACAUUUCCAGCUGCAUUUGAAAGGUGCUCUAGAAAGUCGAAACUUUGAAAUAGUUGAAUACAUGAAUCAAUGUCAUAUGUUUGGAAAUCUUAGGAAUAAUAAUAUAGAAUGUAUAUUAUUGUUUUGUGAUUUACAAUUAAUUAAAAAGAUAUUCCCAAUGAAUACAACCGAGAGAUAUCAUAUAAGAUCUGUAUAUAUACUGGCCAGAGAACAAUUGGAUUUGGAGUUUUUCUUGUAUUUUCAUCGGUAUGACAACACCAUCUUCCAAGACAACAAUAAACUCUUGAUUCAUCUACUAUCGAAUCCAAACAGUAAGGAGAUUGUCGAAUACAUCUUUAGCAACACUGACCAAUUCGUGAAUAAAGGUUUUCAAUGGUAUAUUCUAUCAAUUCAUCCAACACUUCUUACACUGGGCUUAUUAAAAACCUUGAUGGAGCCAACCAACAAAGUUUCAAAACUAGUGGUUUUCGAUUAUAAAUCAAUACUUGGAGAUGCUAUUGCAUGUGGUCGAAACGAUCUAAUAGAUUAUCUAUUCUCUAUACAAGGUGACUUGGUGUAUCAACAGAUAGAGAUGAACUAUCAAUAUGCUCUGAGCUGUGCAAUUCAUUAUGGACGUGAAGAAGCAGUAGACUGGCUUCUUACUAAUCACCUAUCAUCGAUUGAUUCAAUACCAAUACCAAGAGAGUCUGUCGAUAUAGAUGAUCAUCUCUACCUAUCUCUCUAUGAAAAAGUUGGAUACUCUGGAUUGAGAAUGCCCUACACAGUUUUGAUUUCCAACAAACAUCAUCAGAAUUUCAGAACGGUAUUCAAACAACUUCACAGCCAGAAAGCUAUUAUCCUAUCAAACGAGCAAAACAAUAAUACCUUCACGAAUGACAAAAUUGUCAAAAAUGCCAUGGAAACAGGAUCGUUGGAAUGGCUAUACUUUAUUCUAUCGCUGACCGCCGGUUAUUCUGUAUACGGCAACUUCCUAAGCUAUGGUUGUACAUCGAUUGAGAUGCUCGAUAUUCUCAUGGAACACCGUGCAGUAACCGCGGAAUCUGCCCUGCAUGCCUUCAUCUACGCAAAGCGAUACCCGAUGAUUCGUCACAUCAUUGAAAACUACCCGUCACCCGGCCCCCCACCGCUCUACCCGAUCGAGGGGAUCAUGGGUUGUGGCAACCUCGAAAUUUUCAAACUGGUACUAAGCAAACACCGAGCCAGACUAUUGGAGUUCUUCAAUAAGACCUACUGGAAUUUUGCACAUCCCAAGCUAGUUCCAUACCUAAUCGAAAACAAUCUCUGGAAACACUUGAAGUAUGUCGACGUAUUGACUCGCGCCAUCACCGAUAACGAGCCAACCGUUGUCCGAUGGCUGUACAACUAUUUCUCCACAAACAACAUCGAAUUGGCAUCGGUAUCUAAAAACUCUGUACAAUACACACUGGAGAACAAUAUUUUCGAAGGCAUCGAAUACCUCUUUGAUCCACGCUACAAACUGUUCACCUAUAACCAUCAAUACACCAUCCAACUACUAAAUGAAUCAUAUCGUAUUGGCCACAUCAUACCAAUGACUAAACUACUAAAUUAUCUAAAACAACAACAAGAACAACAACAAUCACAAUCACAACCACAUCUUCAAGCAAUAAGACAACUAUCUAUUUAA